CUCCUUGUUCCACGCAUGCGUUCUGCCCUGCCCCUCGCCGUAGCCCAGGCAACCCCAGCCAGUACCCGCGCUCCUCCGCCGGAAGUAGCGUGUGGCCGUGGGCGGGGCCGCCGGCCGCGUGGGGCGGCUGGAGAGAGGCGGGAGGCGCGUGCCGCGCGCGGGGCCAUGGAGGUGGUGGCGCAGCUGGAGAUGCUGAGCUUUGAGCGCGGCCUCGGGCCCGGCCCGCAGGCACCGGCUGCCCCGAUCCCUGGCGAGGGGGAGGGGGGAGGCCGGGACCCACUGCCCCAAGCCGAGGAAGCGCGGUGUUCCCCGCCGCGGCAGGAGACACCGGCACCGCCGCCGUGGGAAGGCACGCUGCCGCCGCGGGAGGAGGCACCGGCACCGCCGCCGCGGGAAGGCACGCCGCCGCGGGGAGAGGCACCGGCACUGCUGCUCCGGGAAGGCACGCCGCCGCCGCGGGGAGAGGCACCGGCACUGCUGCUCCGGGAAGGCACGCCGCCGCCGCGGGAAGAGGCACCGGCACUGCUGCUCCGGGAAGGCACGCCGCCGCCGCGGGAAGAGGCACCGGCACUGCUGCUCCGGGAAGGCACGCCGCCGCCGCGGGAAGAGGCACCGGCACUGCUGCUCCGGGAAGGCACGCCGCCGCCGCGGGAAGAGGCACCGGCACUGCUGCUCCGGGAAGGCACGCCGCCGCCGCGGGAAGAGGCACCGGCACUGCUGCUCCGGGAAGGCACGCCGCCGCGGAGAGAGACACCGGCGCCGCUGCCGCCGGCGGCGGAAGGGACGCCGUCGCCACAAGGGGGGCCGCCGCCGUCGCCGCGGGAAGGGACGCUGCUGCCGCCUGCGGGUUCCGGUGGCCUCGCUGCAGCCGCCGUCCCGUCGGGCUCAGACAGUGAUACAGAUUCAGAUAGUUCAUCAACUACAUCUUCCUCCUCUUCGCAUUCUCCUUCAACAGUAUCUGAUGAUGAUGACCAUCCAAAUGAAAAGGAUAACAGAUCUUACAGUGUUAAAACAAAAGAUGAGUUGCCUGUUGAUGAACUGCCUCCUGUUGAAGACUUAUCAAUAAUUCUUCCUGAUGAGGUUGAACUGAAGCUCUUUGGGACAGUUUCAAGCAUUAUUGGACAGCUGGUAAUAAUUGAAUCUCUGAGAGGUCUACCCCCAGUUAAUGAAGACAGCAUAAUUUUUAAAGAAGAUCGACAAGCAGCAGGAAAGAUAUUCGAGAUAUUUGGUCCUGUUUUACAUCCCUUUUAUGUACUGAGGUUUAACAGCUCCGAGCAUAUCAAAGCAAAAGGUAUUAAUGUGCGAGACAGCAUGUAUUUUGCUCCAUCAGUGGAGGACUUCACCCAGUAUGUAUUUGCAGAGAAACUAACACAGGAGAAAGGGUCAGAUGCAUCUUGGAAGAAUGACCAAGAACCACCACCUGAGGCAUUGGAUUUCAGUGAUGAUGAAAAAGAAAGAGAAGCAAAACAAAAGAAAAAGAAGCCUCAAAAUCAAGUAAGGAAGAAACUGAAAUCGGAAACAAGUGAAUCAAAUGAGAAUAAUGGACUUCAUCAGUCAAUGCAACAGCCUGCUUUAAGUUACUCGAGGGGAUACCAUGGCAGAUCAAGGGAUCUAUUUCCUCCUCGAUCAGCCCCUCCGGGCUUUUUGAGACCACAAGCAAGACCUCCACAGCUAUACUCUUCAGACAACAGAAUGCAACAGGAGUCUCCCAUGUUUGCACAACCUCAUAGAAAAGAAAAUCCAGUGAUGCAACAGUAUGUCUAUCCUCCCUUUCCUCCUCCUCCUCCUCCAGUUUUUGGCUCUGUUAAUGAAAUGCAUCACCUUCCACCUUCAAAUCUAAAUAUGAUUUGGACAGGCCCAAACACAUACAACCCAUCCUACCCAUUUUUGCCGCCUCCACCUCCACCGCCGCCUCCACCACCUCCAGAAAGCAAUCCUUCUCAGUUCAGGCCUUAUUAAGUUUUCAUAAAAAUUCAUACAGAGAGUUCCAGUUUUGGGGGAGGAAGGAAAGGCUAUCAAGACCUCACUCCUGUGUUUUAGAAACACUUUGGUUUUCUGCAAGAAUAGAACAAAUCCAGAGGUGUGAUGCCUUGUGGGACAUUCAUAGAAAACUAUUUUUUGAAUAUCUGUUUUUUGCUUAAAAAAAGUAUGAUUAAAAAUAACCAAGUAUUUUAUUUUUAUAGUGUCUACCAGGUUGGGAUGAUAACAAAUAAAAACCUUUUGGAAACUGA